AUGGAUAUUGAUGACGAUUCUACAACAGUUGUGAACAAAAAGGAAAAGAAGAACAAGAAGGAGAAAAAGGAUAAGAAAGAAAAGAAAGAGAAGAAGGAGAAGAAGGAGAAGAAACGCAAGGCUUCAGAUGAGGAGGAAGGAGUAUCCAAGGAUGAGGACUCUGCAGAUGAACCGGUCAUUAAGAAGCUCAAAGCUAUUGAAGUAGAUGUGGCCUCGCCCCUGAAAGCAACUGUCAUCUCUGGAAUCGAGCCUACUGCCAGCGGGCUCAUCAAGGCCUUCUAUAACCCUACAACUAACAAGACAACCAAAGAACAGGCUCGUGAGUUUUACAAGGAGAACAUUAUUGAGGUCUCUGGCGACCAAGAGUUUUUACCUGUUCUCAAGUUUGACGAGGCUGGUUUCAAACCAGAGAUGUUGGAAGUCACGAAGGCAUUUAAAUCACCCAGCCCAAUUCAAGCUGCCUGCUGGCCCAUCAUCCUUUCUGGCCGAGAUGUUAUUGGUAUUGCUGAAACUGGUUCCGGAAAAACUCUUGCAUUUACUCUGCCAGCAUUGAUGCACAUCCGUGGACAAAAAGAUUUCAACAUCAAGCCCAAGGCUCCCACUGUCCUCGUUAUUUCUCCUACCCGUGAGUUGGCGAUGCAGACCCAGGAACAAUGCGUUGCUGCUGGAAAAGCCUCAGGUAUCAAGAGUGUGUGUAUCUAUGGAGGUGUUUCUAAGGAUGAUCAACGUCGUGCUAUUCGCCAAGGUGUUCACAUCAUUGUCGCUACUCCUGGACGUCUCUUGGAUUUGUUGGAGGAUGGAAGCUGCAAUAUCGACGCUGUUUCAUACUUGGUUUUGGACGAAGCAGAUCGUAUGUUGGACACUGGGUUUGAGGAGGCUAUUCGUUCCAUCUUGCGUAAGACCCGCAAGGACCGUCAGACGGCCAUGUUCAGUGCUACCUGGCCUGAAUCGGUCAGAAAGCUAGCUCAUGACUUUUUGGAUCACCCUAUCAAGGUCACGAUCGGAUCUCCUGACUUGGGUGCUUCCUCAAAUGUUACUCAAAUAGUGGAGGUCUUGGAUGAUCCCCGCAACAAGGAGCGUCGACUCCUCGAGCUAUUGAAGGAGUAUCACAAGACUCGUAAGAACCGCAUUUUGAUCUUUGCCCUUUACAAGAAGGAGGCUGAUCGCAUCGAGCAAGCAUUACAAAGAGCCGGGUAUAAAGUGGGUGGCAUUCACGGAGACAAGAACCAACAUACCCGCUCCGCUGCCCUGGAGGCCUUUAAGAAUGGAUCGAUUCCUCUGCUAGUUGCCACGGAUGUUGCAGCUCGUGGUAUUGAUAUCGCUGGCAUCACACAUGUUAUCAACGUGACUUUCCCAUUGACAAUAGAAGACUAUGUCCAUCGCAUUGGACGUACUGGACGUGGUGGACAGACAGGUGUAGCACACACAUUUUUCACACUAAAUGAAAAGGGUCUUAGCGGAGCUCUGAUCAAUGUACUCAACGACGCAGGCGUCAAGAUCCCAGAUGAACUCCGCAAGUUUGGUGGUACGGUCAAAAAGAAGGCUCAUUCAGUUUAUGGCGACCACUUCAAGGACCUUGGUGGUGAGGUCAAACAGCCCACCAAGAUCCGUUUUGAAUAA